AUGAAGAAAGUCACAAAGAAAUACACGAAGAAAGACACAAGGAGAGAUACAAAGAAAGACACAAACAAAGACACAAAGAGAGACAGAAAAGAAGACAUAGAGGAAGACACAAAGAAAGACACCAAGAGAGACACACAGAAAGACCCAAAGAAAGACACAAAGAAAGACGAAAGACACAAAGAAAGACAUAAAGAAAGACAUAAAGAAAUACACGAAAAGAGACACACAAAAAGGCACAAAGGAAGACUCAAAGAAAGACACAAAGGAAGACACGAAGGAAGACACGAAGAAAGACACAAAGAGAGAUACAAGGAAAGACACAAAGACAGACACAAAGAAAGACACACAGAAAGACACAAAGAAAGACACAAAGAAAGACACAAAGAACGACACAAAGGAAGACACAAAGAAAGACACCAAGGUUCUUGCGCCAAACACACCGUCGAUUUAGCCGAGGUAGUAGUCGAAGCAGAAAUCUUUCCUGGCGUACUGCUGCACCUGGCGCAUCCGUGCCCUGCCGUGCGCAGGAACGCCGCCUGCCUGGUCAGGGACAUCGUGAAGCACUCGCUGGAGCUGACGCAGCUGGUGGUGAACACUGGAGGGAUCGGGGCGCUGAUGGAGGUGCUGUUCCAAGCGGACGAUGAAGCUGGAGCAAAUUACCCUAGACAAAUCAUCUUCUUUGAUGAAACUUGGAUAUUUGCGAAAGGGAAUAAGAUGAGAGCAUGGCAAGAUCAAAGUACAAGUUGUAAACCAGAAGCACAUUCGGAACACCUGGCCAUGUCCGUGCUAGGCUGCAAGGUCAUCAUCGUCCUCGCCGAAAUCCUCCAGGAAUCCCGAGACGAUGCCCUACUCUCCGUAUCAGCCUGGGCUGUCGGCCAAAUCGGCAAACACAGUCCCGAGCAUGCGCAAGCCGUGGCCGCAGCCAACAUAUUUCCACGCAUGGUCAGUCUCUAUACCAGCGACAAAUCGUCCGAGGAUUUGAAGUAUAAGUGCAAGAACUCUCUGAAGCUGUGCCUGCAGAAGUGCUUGCUACUGUCUGCGUUGGAGCCGUUGCUCUAUACUGCCCCAUCGAAUAUUCUGAAGUACGUUUUGGGACAGUACAGUAAGAUGCUUGCAGUUAUGUCUGCUGCGUCGGAGGCGCUGCUCCAUACUGCCCCAUCUAAUAUCCUUAAGUAUGUUUUGGGACAGAACAGUAAGUUCCCAAAAAAUUUAAACAUAUUCCCGCGCAUGGUCGGUCUCUCAACUAGCGACAAAUCGUUCGAGGUUUUGAAAUACAAGUGCGUGAACUCUCUGAAGUUGUGCCUGUAG